GCGGCGCCGGGCGGUGCGAGCCGCGGGGCUUGGACCAUGGUCGGGGAAAUGGAAGCGAAGGAGAAGCCCAAGCCCACCCCCGAUUACCUGAUGCAGCUGAUGAACGACAAGAAGCUGAUGAGCAGCCUGCCCAACUUCUGCGGGAUCUUCAACCACCUCGAGCGCCUGCUCGACGAAGAAAUUAGCAGAGUACGGAAAGAUAUGUAUAAUGAUACAUUAAAUGGCAGUACAGAGAAGAGGAGUGCGGAACUACCAGAUGCGGUGGGACCUAUUGUACAGUUACAAGAGAAACUAUAUGUGCCUGUAAAAGAAUAUCCGGAUUUUAAUUUUGUGGGACGAAUCCUUGGACCCAGAGGACUAACGGCGAAACAACUUGAAGCAGAAACAGGAUGUAAAAUAAUGGUCCGAGGGAAAGGAUCAAUGAGAGAUAAAAAGAAGGAAGAGCAGAACAGAGGCAAGCCCAAUUGGGAGCACCUGAAUGAAGAUUUACAUGUACUAAUCACUGUGGAAGAUGCUCAGAACAGAGCGGAAAUAAAACUGAAGAGAGCUGUUGAGGAAGUCAAAAAACUCUUGGUACCUGCAGCAGAGGGGGAAGACAGCCUUAAGAAGAUGCAGCUGAUGGAACUUGCAAUUCUCAAUGGCACCUACAGAGAUGCCAACAUCAAAUCACCCCUUGCCUUUUCUCUUGCAGCCACAGCCCAGGCGCCGAGGAUCAUUACUGGGCCCGCGCCUGUCCUUCCACCAGCUGCCCUGCGUACCCCUACGCCAGCUGGCCCUACCAUAAUGCCUUUGAUCCGACAAAUACAGACCGCUGUCAUGCCAAACGGAACUCCUCACCCCACUGCUGCAAUAGUUCCUCCGGGACCCGAAGCUGGUUUAAUUUACACACCCUACGAGUACCCCUACACACUGGCACCAGCUACUUCGAUCCUUGAGUACCCUAUUGAGCCCAGUGGUGUAUUAGGUGCGGUGGCUACUAAAGUUCGAAGGCACGAUAUGCGAGUCCAUCCUUACCAAAGGAUUGUGACCGCAGACCGAGCCGCCACCGGCAACUAACCUAUGACCUUCUGACCUCUGAACUCUUCACCCAAUGAUGACCUGACCAUGCCUGCCUGCUGAUCAGUUAACUGGUAAUCGCCUUUGCUUGCCUGUCGUCAGUGCAGCGAGCUGAGGCACUUGUCCGUUCGUCUUACCAUCUAACAAAACGAAAGACAAAGAAAUUGUUGUCCUCCGACUCGGCUUUUAUUUCAUUUUUUUUUCCCUCCUGUUUGGGUGAAAGUGGUUCUAGAACCUGCACUGAAGAGUAGUAAAGCAAUAAGGCCCAAUUCAUCCCUCAGCACUGAUCAUCCUUUAGCGACCCACCCUAAGCGAACGGUAAGAAGGCCUCAUUUUUAAGAAACGGAGACAGAUGGCCCUUAACUACCCUAUGACAGAGGCAGUUACUGUGAGAGACUUCUAGGAAUCUUUUUCUUCUCAUAGUGAAGUCAAAGCUCUCCCCUCCCGUCCCUUCUUCCCCCGCCCUCUCCUCUCUCUCUCUUUCUUUCUCUCUUUCUGAAUGUACUGUGUGAUGAUGCAUCAUGCAUGCACCUUUGGUCAGGGAUGUCAUUGGGGAAGUGAUUUCCAAAAGUAUUCAAAAUUUGACAUGCUGUUUAGUCACUACAGUGCCCUCAGAGGGCAGAGGUUGCAGCCUUUUUUAUAUAGCCUGCCAAAUUUGAUGCGUUAAACCGAAAAGCGUGCCAUGAGGGGGAAAACUAAGAGGAAUUUUCAAACAGAUGCAAAGAACAAAACUGCAACACUAUUUUUUCAAAACACCUGAGGUAAAAUGACCGAACAUGUAUUUUACAGCUCCUUUAAAAGAUUCUACGAGAACAAGGUACAUGCAUUAUGUGUCACAUUUCUGGGCAAACUGUUCAAAUAUUUUUUUGAAAACCUCCCUGUAUAGAGAACAAAAUCAUUAAGGAUGUAAAAGCCAUGCUUGCCUAUUUGCUGUAUACAUGUAAUGAAAUUGUAGAUAAAGUGUAGUGCAUUGAAACAAAUGAACAAAAAAGUAGAUACUUUUACUCUACAAGGGUGCUGGUGCAGAAAAAAAAAUAUAUUUUUGGAAAUGUAGCAUUUUAUACUUUCAAGUGUUAUAAAAAAAGAAGAAAAAAGAACAAAGAAACCCUUUAUUUCAUUAAAUGAUUUUUUCUGGUGGUUGUCAAGAAACAAAAGACCAAAAGAGCCUUUUUUGUCUUUAUUUUUGAUUUUUUAAGUAUUGGAAUACGUCUAAAGAAAAGAAAGUGCCUUAUUUUCCUCCAUGGUCAUUUAGUCAAGUGUCUCGUCCAAUCAGCUCCUCCCUCAGAUAACAAGGAAAAGCAUGCCACUCAGUCACCCAGUUUGAGAAAAGAAGCUGGGAGGGAAAACCAGUGAGUUGAUGAUAUAAGAUUGCCUAAUUUUUGCCAUGCCAACUUCUCGAACUCUGCCAAAUCCACUAACUGUAAAGAAAAAAAAAAUGAGGGCACUUUUCUAUCACACACCAACCAGUUCACUUUCAGCCCUGUCAACCACCUGGGUUAAGCACAGCAUCCGUGGCUGUGGUAUACACUCUUAAGAACUCAAGGGGCCAGGCGCUCAACUUGGUUCACAGGUUGGCUUGGCUUCCUUUUAGGGGCAGGGAAAAAAAAACUGACUUUCCACAAAAUCAAGCUUUGUGGAUGCUGGAAUUGAACAGGCUUGAUUGCCCCCC